AUGCCUCUUUAUAGUGUGUCGAUAUGUCCCCUGAAGCUCAAGGCGAACUUUUGCCAGCCGGGCUAUAUGUAUUCUGUGCAUGUAAACCGAAAGGAUUUGGAUGUAAUGACAGAACCAUUCAUUUGUGGUAAUAAUAGGGAAGUGAACUUCGCAGCGGAAAGCGACAUCAUUAGAGCCCCUACUUUUUCUAUUGCUUUUAAUUCACCAAAAGAUCAGCGCAUCAUUAGCAUCAGCAUCUAUUACUACGGCAACUCCCGCAGCUUUUCCAAGAUAACAAAAUUUGAAAUUCCUCUUGCAGGCAUGUGCAGCGUGCUGGCAGGGGAGGCUAUUUGUGAGAUCAAGGCUAUUUCCUUCCGUAUAAUGAACAAUCCGGCGAAGUUACAUGUGAUUUUUCGUAUGCAUCCUGUAGGGACUCCGGUACCGACUUUGAGGGGAGUCUCCUCUCCGAAAUCUACAUCCAAGUUGAUGUCCGACUCGUAUUCCCCUCAGGAAGGCAUUAAAAAUUCUAAUGAUACCCACAAGACGCGGCUUCCGAUCUCUGCGCUGAAGUCUUUAAUAGAAGCUGAUAUAUUACCGUCUAGCAUGGAAUCAAUCGAAAUGGACGUGGAUUUAGCGAACGAGAUAGCUGCCCGGGUAUCGAUUUUGUUUCCGAGUGAAGCAGACUUGAAGGAACGGAUUGAAACACUGGAGCGUGAGAUUAUACAGCUCGAAUACGACGCACAGUAUGGUAAUAAGGAUAGAGUUACUGUGAACUCUGCGGCUUCGACAGCACUGGUGAAUGAAACAAACUUUUGGAAGGAGAAGGUCGCACAAAUCGAAGCGAAGUCCGAUCACAAGUUUGGUAUAGCCCCGAUAAUGUCAAAGAGUGAUGGAAAGUUAUUCACGUCACAACAAAAAGGCAUGAUCGCUGAGGUGGAAGAUACUAUUGAACAGAAAAAAAUGGAAAUGCUUCAGCUCGAGGCCAUGCAGCGGCAUCGUGAUGUUACUGAUGACGUUAUUGCCUUACUACAGCAAAUCCAGACUCUCGAAAAGACGCUGUUGGAGUUAAAUAAAGACAAGGCUUCUUCUUUAGAACAGAAACCCAAGACGGUUCCGAUUGAUAUCUUCAAGAAUGGUGAUCAAUGGGAUAAACUGGCAGCACGACUCUACGAUGCCGAGGCAACGACAGAAGAGUUACGGCAGAUCAUAUUGUCCCUCAACCGCCUCCAGUACGAGCCUUAUCCUGCAGGGAUAGAGGCAGGGUUCAUGCAUUGUGUUCCUACUGAAUUAGACUUUGUCAAGGAUAAUAAGCGAACCCCAGAAAAUAUCCCGCCGACACUGGGUACAGCCAGUUCUUAUCAAUCCGCCGCGGCCGUUGCGCCUCCUGGCGGAGUCGUUAAAAAGGCCGAUGAUUUUCUGGAUGACCUCUUCGGCCCUCCUGCCCCACAAGCGGAACCCUUGCCACAAACUCAGCCAACUGUCGCACCCUCAAACAGCACUGCCACGCCAACUCCUUACGGGACGGGCUGUUUCCCACCCACUGUGGCGAAGGCGCCCGCAGUUACCCCGGAUGGUGUGUUCGCUUCCGUUAGCGGACCGGUUAAGAACGUGGCGAAGGCAACCCCGGAGGCUGGCCAACCACCUGCAUCACUUUCAGCUAACGAGAUUCCUCCCCCUAUUGCACCCGAUCUGUCUCAGAAAGAGGGGGUGUCGCCCGCGUCACAGGCGGCGCAUGCAACGCUGAUCGCGGUCUUGCCUGAUUCAGGGGGCCAAGGUACCACGUCUGGUGCGUAUUCGGAAACCAAGAGCACUGAUGCCUUAAAUACACCUAACGCUUUCUCAGCCAUUGUAACUGCUGUCCAAAGUCAGACAAAGCUCUCUCCAAUUCCUGUGGUACUUUCUCCAGUGCCAGACCAGUCUCUUCAGUGCCAGGAUCCUUUAAAGCCUUCAAACAACACUGAUGCUACCACGCAGUUGUCCUCACAGGCGCAAGAAGUUGACAAUGUAAAACAAAGUGCAACUUACAUGCCACAGCAACCCCAACUACAACAGGAGCCCCAACCACAGCUAUCUCAGCUGCAACCUCAGCCCCAACCUCAACCCCAAUCUCAGCCCCAACCUCAGCAGCAAACCAAAACCGAACAGGCACCACCCAGUCUGCCGAUUCCUCGUUAUGAGCGUCAUCUACCGUCUCUCCAAGCGAUACCGUACAGCAAUUUUUUCAACAUUCCGCUUAUGGGCCGCGGUUGCCCCCUUGACAUUUACCUCGAUGACAAGACUCCAACCCGAGGCACCGAGAUCAAUCUAAUCAACAAUGCGGAUUACGCUAUCCUUAUUGGGGGAAUCGAGCUCAAGCAGGAGGAUAUGUUUUCAUUAGAUCCAAACAGCACGCGAACAAUACCAACACGGCGUUGGCCCCAACAGCUUCAACUUCAAGGCGGCGGGGGUAAGGGCACAUACAUCAUUGCUCUCUAUCCCUCCUUUCCUCGUGGGAUAUCUUUGAUGUUGUUGGUGACCGUGUACGUGUAUGUGAAAGACCGCUACACACCAUUUUCUGCACGAUUCACUGUGUAA